AGAAAUAAACACCCCAAAGGUAAAUGCUAGACAUUCUCAUUUUCUAGCCAUCAUGUCUGACAGAGGAAAAUAAAGCUACAUUUAUGACUUGCGGCAUCCCCCAGCCGAAUGAGCUAUUGGAUGGGGUGAAAAAAUUCUACAUAGGUGACAUUCACACAGAUAUCACCCUACAAUGUGCCACAGGACAAGUCUUUCACUGUCACAAGGCAGUUUUGUCAGCUCACCGCUCUUAUUUUAAAGUCAUGUUCACAGCUGACAUGAAGGCACGGUCAAACAACCUCUUCAAACUGACUGGGAUUGAUUAUGAACUUCUGAGUGCUUUGGUGAACUACAUAUACACUUCCAGGGUGAGCAUCACUGAGACAAAUGUACAGAGCCUGCUGGAGGCAGCAGACCUACAGUUAAACUCGGUGAAGACUGCUUGCAAGGACUUCCUUAUACGCAUCCUGGAUGUGGACAACUGCCCGGGAAUGCACUCUUUUGCUGUGCUGCACAUCUGCCCUGAGUGGGAGGCACGAAGGGUAAUGCUCAUACAACAACAGGAGGAGUUCUUAGAGGUGGACUACGACAAGUUGAGUUCAGUCAAUGUAUGGAACGAUGAAGUUCUCCUGGAUGCUGUGGUCAAAUGGCUCACCCAUGACUUUCUUAACCGUGUUGAUCACAUUCAGAACCUACUUUGUUGUAUCCAUCUUGAGUUGGAUGAGAUGCACUUCAAGACUGCCCUGGAUGUACAGAGACCAUGCUUACUGGGCAAUGAGGGAAAAGUAAGGUCAUUUAUUAUCCACGCUUUGAAGACCAACUGCAAAGAGACUUCAACAAGCAGGAAAAAAACUGUAAAGCAUGUAUGUUAUUGGAGGGAACUAUUGGCAUCCACUCUGAAGUCCACAUAUGGGAUCCAAUAAGCAACAUAUGGGUGCAAGGAAAAUAUAUGACUGACCAGAUGAGAGCUAUAUUUGUGACUGGGGUUUAUAAAACAGACUAUUGAAGUCCUCGACACAGUUUGGAUUUAUAAUGGUGAUUUCGAUGAGUGGACAG